CUUAUUUAUUUCCCUGAAUUACCGAUCAAAGUAGCCAAUUACUGCCGGAAAAUUGUCAAACCCGCAAAAAAUGUCGUUCGCAUUACAUGCCAAAUACUAAAACUACCAAAAUUUAGCUAAAAAUCACUCAUGUUGCCUUCAACGGGAUUAUUUCGCGAGAUUUUGUGUCCCUUCUUUCAAGAUGAGCAAUGUCCUCGUCCGUUUUGUCACUUCAAACAUGCGAGAAAGGAUAAAAUCGAGCCUGUUGCAGUUCAACAAAAACCUUCGUAUUGCCCGACUCCGUUGACGUACCAACCGAGCGAUGAAGGAGAAAAUAAACCAAAAAAGCCAAAAUUGGAGUAUAUUCCGCUUCCAACGUUGCGAACACAGGCCGAAUACAAGCCAAAAGUCGCAGAAAAUGAGGAAGAAAGUGACGAAGGGGAAGACCCGCCAAUGUCUCCGAUUGAGGAAGAUGAACCUGUAAAGCCGGAUGACGAAAUUUCCGAAAUUUCACAAGAAAUUCCGCCUUCAGAGGGAGAAAAAAGUGAAAUCCCGAAGGAAACUGACUCCCAAAACAAAGAAAAUGUGGAAAAUCUUCCCGCGCAACAAGUUGAAAGCACUGAAGAUGACAAUCAAAAGCUCUCAAAUGGCGUCACUGAAGAAAAAACCGAGUUAGAAAAGGAAAAAUCUUCGAAAUCGUCUCACAGCAGCAAACACAAGAAGAGUUCAAGUCACAAAAGUUCCCGAUCCGAGAAGAAAAGCAGCAGUAGUAGUCACAAAAGCUCGUCAAAAGACAAAAAUCGAGACAAAGAACACAAAAGUAGCUCAAGUUCGAGCAAAUCUUCACGUCACAAGUCCAGUAGCAGCAGCAAAGAUCGUCAUCAUUCAUCAUCUUCGUCCUCAAAAUCAAAAUCUCACUCAAGUUCGAGCUCAAAUUCGCGCAAAUCGAAGCACAAAGACAAAAAUCGCGAUCGAAAAUCCGAAGCAAAAGUCGAAAACAAGGAAAAAUCGCCCGAAAUUGAUAUUUCGCUAUUGACCGACGUUGAAGUUAGUAGCGACGAAGAUGCCGUAAUGGAACAAUGCAAAGCAAUUUUCGAGAAUUAUCAACCGGAAGUCAAUGGCGACAGCGGAAAUGAAGCUCCAAUGGCUCAAAAUCCUUCUUCCGAGCCUGAAAUUGAUUCUUUGGCGAAGAAACGCGUCGCUUACGAAGGCGCAGUUACACCUCUCUUGAAAGUUCCUGCCCGCAAUAAGGGACUUAACACGAUGCAACAAAUCUACCAACGUCAGGAAACGAUCCGAAAAAUGAUCGAAGAGAAAAAAGCCGCAACUCCAACGUCACUGCCUCCAAUUAAAGCUCGUCCGAGUAUCACGCCCGUGUCAAAUAUGCUCGCCUUCAAAUACGCCAAGGAGAAAAUCGAGGCGAUGCGACAACUAAAAGUACCGGAAAUCGCAAAACCUUCAACUUCAACCUCGACGACGACUGUUGCUCAAACCGCGAGUAAAUUUUACGGGAGACAAGCUCACGUGAGUAAAAUUGAUCCGGAAGCGAGAGCAGCGCCGCCAGUGCUUGAACCGACUUCCACGAAAAUUUCUUAUAACCUCCGGAUGCAGUAUUAUAACAUGAUGGUGAAACAUUGCCUCGUGAUUUAUCCGAGUGUCGAAGAUGCGUGGGCCAGGGCGCAAACUGAGGAACUUGCGGUGCAGAAAAAAUGCAAUACGCCGAAUAUUUAUAAGAGUAGUGCGUUGUUGGCGGUUAAUAAGUUGAGGAAGGAGGCGAUUUCGGCAGGAAAUGAAAAUGCUACCGAUAAAAACAAAACAGUAUCUCACGAUGUGAUAUUAGCAGGAAAACAUGGACAAAACACCUCUUGGUGUGUCAAUAAAAAACUUAAAAAAGAUUCCAGCCAAGUAAUCGGCAACUUUGACAUCAUGCCAGGCGAAAAAGCCUACAACCUUGUGCUUGAUUGCAUUGCCACAGAAGAGCAACUUCGCACCUAUGGCUAUCCUCGUCCUUCCUCAAAGCCCGGCAAAGCUAAAAUGUACACAGCGAAGCCUCUUCUGCCGCCAAAUCGCGAAAACGAGCGUUAUUGCGCGCGUUGCUCCAAAGUUUUCAGUCUCGACAAGUUUGAGGAAAUUUGCAUCGACGAGUGCAAUUAUCAUCCAAAGUCGGCGGGAUUUCGUCGCGGUUCUGCGGAUAAUUUUCAUUAUUGUUGUCAGUUACCGGCGGGAUCUCCCGGAUGUAAAUACGCCAAUUCGCACGUUACGGACUACGUUGACUACGACAAUCUCACGGGAUUUGUGCGGACAAUGAAGAAGGAUGAAAGUUAUGUGCCCACGAAACGGGAUAUUUUUGCAUUUGAUUGUGAAAUGUGUUACACGAGAACCGGGUUGGAGUUGACGCGGAUAACUGUCGUGAAUUUCGAUGAAAAAGUCGUUUAUGACUCGUUUGUGAAGCCAGAUAGUGAGAUUGUCGACUAUAAUACCACAUAUUCGGGCAUCACAGAAGAAACAUUAGCCAAUGUCAAAACCAGUAUUCGCGAAGUGCAAGCAGUUUUGCUCUCCAUGUUCCACGCCGACACAAUUCUCAUCGGACACAGUCUCGAUAGCGACAUGAAAGCCGUCAAACUACUGCAUGACAAAGUCGUCGACACCUCAAUACUCUAUCCACACAAAAUGGGUUUCCCCAAACGCAGGGCAUUAAAGACUCUUUGCAUCGAAAAUUUGAAGAAAAUUAUUCAAGAAAACGAUGCGGGACACGACUCGUCAGAAGACGCUGUCGUCUGUAUCCAGUUGAUCAAACAUUACCUUCGAAAUCGAAUUGUUUGAAGCAAUUUUGUUUUGUUUCUAAGAGGAUCACAUUUUUUUUCAUUAAAAUUAAAUUGAAAUUAAAUUUAAAAUCUUAAAUUAUUCUAAAUUAUUUGAUAGGUGCUCGAACUUUCGACAAAGAAAAAAGGGAGAUAAUAAAUUUUUUUGUUAAA